UCGACUCCCACCCACCGCAAACCCAUCCCACACAUCUACUCCUUUCUCAAUCGAAAGGCACCAUGACGCUCCUCGGCAAGAAGUUCCCUGCGCCCAUCGCUAAGCCAAUGGCCCCGUUUUACAUUGCUGGCGUCGUCGUCCUUUACGGCAUUAACUCCUUCGCGAACGUGCUGGCAGGCAGUAUGUUUACCCUUUCUCUACACCCGAAGAUGCACUAGAUGCACUCGAGAGGAUAUGGGACGGAUGCAGAUGUCCGGAUAUUCAGAAGAAUAGGAAGCUAACAUGGCACUUUCUAGCCGAGGAGUUCGCGAACGACCCAAGGAACCCGGCAUUGAAGUCGAAGGGUGGUGCGAGUGAGGCGCACUAGAGAGCGUAGGGUGGAGGAAGCUACAUGGAGAGGCAUAGUGUACAACAGCUUUGCGGGCUAGGAAUGGCAUUUUGAGCGGAGCUGUAUAGAAGUCAUAACAAUGGAGAUAUUGCGGCUCUAGCUCUUGCCGCUUUCGUCCAUGAUGUUCGAGUACAUGCUGUUCGAGUUCAUUCUAAGAAGCUUUUUGCUUCUUUGGGUUGUAUGGAGCUAUCGUUGGAGGUACUCCAUGUGCUUUACUGAUCCUCAAAUUCAAAGUAAUUCAUGCUUUUGUCUCACGACCUUGCAGCCACCACCGUUACGGUAAGAACUCAAUGGCACAGGUGAAGACGUAAC